AUGUCUCGCGUCGUCGUCGCGCGCGUCCAUCACCCUCGCUCGGUCGCGACGAACGCGAGCAAAAAAGCCGCCCGCAAGGCGAAGACGGUCGCCUCGAAGCGCUCGACCCCGCCGCCGCCGACGGUCGACGUCAUCGUCCCGGCGGCGGACGACGCUGCGCCGUCGAACGGCGACGUCGACGUCGUCGACGCGAGGGUGGACGCGUACGGAGGAUUAGGAUUCGAAAACGACGUCGCGAUUCCGUACGGGCCGACGAGCGGGGCGGCGUUGAGAAUAGAUGAGGUGAUGUUAUCCGUGGGGGACGUGGACUUGUUGAGCGAGGCGAGCGCGAUGGUCAUGCCGGGACAGAAGGUUGGAUUGGUCGGUGGAAACGGAUGCGGGAAAUCGACGCUGUUGAAGUGCAUCGCGGGAAAGCGAAGCGUGCAGGAUGGAGCGAUCGCGAUCUCGCCCGAGCUCGAGGUCGGGUACUUUGAGCAGACGGCGGUGAGCGGGAGCCAGUUGACGGUGUAUCAAGAGGCUCGAGCGCGUAUGGAUCGAAUCAACGCCGCGGAGAAGGCGCUGCGGGAGGCGGAGGCGAUGUGCGAGACGGAUGAUGAUAAGGAUGCGUGCAUGGCGGCGGAUAAAUUGAUGGAUUGCUUGGCUGAGUUCGAGGCUGCCGGCGGGUACGAGGCUGAGAAGCGCAUCGCAAACGUGCUCGACGGGCUCGGUUUUUCUCGCUCGCAGUGGGGCGUGAAGUGCGAUGAUCUCUCGGGUGGUUGGCAAAUGCGCGUCGCCCUCGCGCGACUACUGCUCUCGCCUGCGGGGUCGGGUGAGAAUGGGCUUUUGUUACUCGACGAGCCGACGAAUCACUUGGACGAAGCCUCGAAGACGUGGCUCGCGAAGUGGAUCAAGGAUAGCUCGGCGACGACCAUCAUCGUGAGCCACGAGGCCGAACUCUUGGACGGCGCGUGCACGCACAUGGCCGAAGUUCGUGGACGAGGUCUCCAUUGGUACGUUGGAAACUUUACAAAGUUCUUGGAAGCGAGAGACGAGCGCAUCGCCCUCGCGAAGGCGACGUACGAGAAGCAACAAGCUGAAGAGGCUGAGCUCAAGGAUUUCAUUCGCCGAUUCUCCGCGAACGCGAGUAAAUCCACGCAAGCGCAAUCGCGCCAAAAGCUUUUGGACAAACUGCAGAAGGAAAUGCGCAAGACUGUGUCCGCGGCGACGGCGACGGUUUCCUCCGAUGCCGCCGGCGACGCAAGCAAGAUGAACUUGAAAUUGACGAAGCCACCGCCGUCGAACCAAGUGCAACUCAAGCUGAAUGACGCCGUCCUAGGAUACAAGCCGGAAACACCGAUCUUGAGAGGGUCAUUGACUCUCGAGCGGGAUAUGCGAGUGGUCGUGCUCGGACCUAACGGGGCGGGAAAAUCCACCUUGCUCAAAUCCAUCUCCGGAACCAUGCCGCUCAUCUCUGGCGAGCGCGAGAUCACCGACGAACGAGUGAAACUCGGUGUUUUCUCUCAAGAUUUGGCGCAAUACUUGCCCAAGGAGAAGACUUGUCUCGAAUAUGUACUUGAUGUCGCUCGCGAAGACGAUCCUCUUUGCGUUGAACAAUUCGGCCGUCAAGCCUUGGGCGCGCUCGGCAUCACCGGAACCAUGGCACUUCGAAAGAUUGGAAGCCUCUCGGGGGGCGAAAAGGCUAGAGUCGCGCUCGCCGCAUUUGUGCUUCAACCGCGUAACUGUCUCUUGCUCGACGAGCCUUCGAACCACUUGGACGUGGGCGCCGUCAAGGCUUUAACCGACGGUUUGCAAGACUGGAACGGCUGUUUGUUUGCCGUCUCGCACAACAAGGCGUUUUGCGAAUCUCUUCAACCGACCCACGUCAUUCGCGUCAAAAAUGGUGAAUUCGUCAUGGAAAACUGCUAUGGUUUGACAGAUGCCGAUUUCGAACACGAGGAACAAACUGGCGACGCGACAGCCAUGGCCGCCGCCGCCGCCGCCGCCAUUGAAGAAGCUGUCUCGGUGGAGACUGAAACUCUCACUCCGGCUCGUUAG